AUGGCGCCCAUGGCUGUGGAUGUCGCAGCUGACGCCGUUGGCAUUGUUGUGGAUAUCAAGUUGCCGGUCGGGAAACACAGUGAUACACAUAACGGAAUUGGCUCCAGAUCUCAACUAGAACAGAGUAUCAAGGAUCACGGACUGACAGCCUUAUGGAAUGUGGGACGCAAUGUGACUCUGCCAGAACCUAGAACCAAACAUGUGCCUAGCGUAUGGCGGUACAAGGAUACGAAAGCACACCUGCUAAGAGCCGCCGCCUUGGUCCCCCCGGAAGAGGCAGAGCGAAGAGCACUGAUUAUGAUUAAUCCAGGCCCCCAAAUGCCGCCACACACAUCGGAUACUCUUCUCUCGGCGCAUCAGCUGCUUCUUCCUGGAGAACGAGCAUUGUGUCAUCGCCAUACUCCAUUCGCCGUACGAUUUCUUAUCGAGGGACAUCAUGGUUUCACGGCUAUAGCAGGAAAGAAGAUGUAUAUGGAGCCAGGAGACAUGAUUAUAACACCUCAGUGGCACUGGCAUGACCACGGGAACGACGGCAACGAAAAUGUUAUCUGGUUAGACGGGCUGAAUAUUCCCUUCUUCAACCUGAACCCUAUCGACUUCCUCGACGAGUACAAAGAUUUGCACGGAACCAUCACACAUGAAUCAAAAGUGGUCGUCGACGAAGACUGUACGGAGAUGAAGUUUCCAUGGAAGUCUACCAAGGCACACCUCGAUGCUUCUGAUGCAAGCCAUGCGAUACAUGAGUACCGACUUCCGGAUGGAGGGCAGGUCAACUCCAUCAUUGCUGCUUCAGCUGAGCGUAUCUUGCCAGGUACGAUAACUGCACCACGACAAGACACUUGUAAUAGAAUCUAUCAAGUCCACUCUGGCAGCGGGACUGCGGUCGUUACAGCGCCGAGGGGGGAUAAGACCUUCGACUUGAAAUGGUCUCAUGCUGAUACCUUUGUGAUCCCCAGCUGGUACAAGUUCACGAUUCAGGCCAGCGGAGACGAGACUGCUUAUCUCUUCACAUUCUCGGACUUAGCACUGCUGGAGAAUCUGGAAAUCUACAGGGCAAAUGAAUUUGCUGAGUCUACUAUGCCAUGA